CUCCAAAAAGAUAUCCAGGAAGUCCGGGAUUCAGGAAUUUUACUUCGCUGGGACGGUUUUCGGUUCGACUAUCGCCGCUUCAUGUGAAUGGAUUUAACGAUUUACAGCGAUGUCCCCAACGAACUGCCUGGCACUUAUUGCCGCUUCUGUUUCCGUGAGACCAGUUUGGUGCCUCUGUUCCACCCGACCACCAGCGAACCGCUUAACUUGGAGCUAAUAACGAUCAUCACCGAUUGCACCGGUAUUCUGUUACGGCCGGAAGCGGAUUUUCCAUCGGCGGUUUGUCAGAGCUGCUUGCAGCUCAUGCAAGAGUUUCGAGGUUUCCGCAGGCGUGCCAGGGAGUAUGACAAGAUCAUACGGGCGAAGGUGCUGCCCCGGAUUGAACCAGAGGUGAUCAUCGUGAAACAAGAAGAGCUAGACCACGAUCACGAAGAGUUUGUCUGCGAGCCUGACCAUGAGAGUACCGGGAGCAGUACCUUGACGGCCGACGAAUCUCACGAGGAACAAUUGGACUUUUUAGGCCGGUUGCAACAGCUACACCAACAGCAUCAGUUGUCACAGAGCCUAGAGCAGCAGGAGGAGGAUCGGAGGCGGCAAGCCCUGACGGAACAACAGGAACCGAUGCCGGAAGAGCCGAAAUUCAGUAUGAGUGCCAUUUUCAAUGCACAGGCCGCGGUGGCCGCUGUGGCUGCAGCUGCGGCAGCAGCAUCUGGAACGCCGGCCAGCACACACAAGCGCGGCCUAUCACGGCGGUUGCCGACGAUCGGAUCAUCGGUUAGCCAAGCUCAGGAGGAAAAUAGGUGUAUGGUUUGCGGUGAAAAGUUCCGAUCGCGCGACAUAUGGAUGGCACAUCUAACGGUGCACGCAGUCGAGCGACCUUUCCAGUGUCACAUCUGUCUGGCGCAGUUCAAAACCAAAUAUGUACAGCAAAACCACAUACGGACGGUUCACGAGAAUGUGCGGAGCUAUAGAUGCCCGACCUGCACCGAGCCGAGCCGAAUGUUCAAAAGCAAGCGCACGCUCGAGGACCACAUGCGCUACCACACGGGCGAGCGCCCGUUCGUUUGCAGUAUCUGCAAGAUGAGCUUUUCGUCCGGUAGCGUGCACCGCAAUCACAUGUACCGGGUGCAUCGGGAGAUGCGCAAAAAGGACCGCCGGUGUAGCUACUGUAGCAAGGUAUUUGAUCGCAUUCUCGAUCUCAAGCGCCACCAGACGAGCUACUGUGAAAAGAUUAUCAGCCACGAAAUGGUCCAGCGAUUGUAGAUGACGAGGUCAGGGCACGGUUCCGCAUGGAGGCAGCUUAUAGAGCACCUUAGAGAGAGAGAGAGAGAGAGAGAGAGAGAGAGAGAGAGAGAGAGAGAGAGAGAGAGCGUACUGUACGGUGCUUUAACAUUAUCCAAUCGUUUAGGUUGAGUGUAAAUGUAUUAAUUGUAUUUUCGUUGGUCCCAACGCUUCGCACUCGAACGCUGGUCGUUGUAUAUAGCCCCAAAAGUGAAGUAAAAAACAACCAAAAACAUGGCCUGCUGUUUUCAUUCACUUUUUGGUUCGGUGUUCAUUUCG